ACCCAACAUGUAUUAUUUUUGAAUUUAAAAUAUUCAUUAAUGCAUUCGUUUCUUAUAACAUAGAAUAUUACAAAAAUUAUAACUGAUAUUUUAAAAACUAUACGCAGAAAUGGCGUUUUUGUUUAAUCGUUAGCCUAACCGCGUGGGAAUCUGAGUGAGUUAGCUCUUGUGUGCUACUGCUAGCCCAGUGAAAACAUCAACACGAGGGGACUGAUUGAAAAUGCCACCAAAAGGAAAGGGUGGCAAAGGUGCUAAAGGCGCUGCUGCUUCAGGCGGUGGGGACAGUGAUAAAAAGGAGAAGGCUCAGAAAGGAGGUACAGCAGUGAAGGUUCGGCAUGUUCUCUGUGAAAAGCAUGGCAAGUGCAUGGAAGCAAUGGAGAAACUGAAGUCUGGUGUGCGCUUCAGUGAGGUGGCAACACAAUACAGCGAGGAUAAAGCCAGACAAGGAGGUGACCUUGGAUGGAUGACAAGAGGAUCAAUGGUGGGACCAUUUCAGGAAGCGGCGUUCGCACUACCCGUCAGCACCAUGGACAAACCUGUAUAUACAGAUCCUCCAGUAAAAACAAAGUUUGGCUACCAUAUCAUCAUGGUUGAAGGCAAAAAGUGAGCCUUUAUAAAUGGACUAAACAGCUUGAUUGUUGUUCAUCGGUGCCAUUUGAUUGUACACAACACACAGAUGUAGUCAAAUUCAUUCCCAAGGCCAUUUUUCCUCAUGUAAAUAGCAGCCAAUAAAAAUGUAUCUUAACAAGC